GACGAGGAGUGAGCAGCCCUUGCAGCCUGUAAGACAGACGGGGUUGCUCAGGUGCUGUUUGCACAUCUUUAAGGUGAUGGCAGUUGAGUUUCAGCACCGUUCACCGCACACUGCCGCUGCUCUGUUGGCUUUCUGCCUCCUCAUACAUCAUCAUACAUGGGCCCAUAGAAGUGCAUCUCCUGCAGCAGCUUCAUAUUUGUCCUCAUGCCUCCCCAUAAAGCUGCACACAGACCAGCUCGGCCAUCAGGCACAUUUUGAGGCCAGGACCUGAGACCAGCAGGGAGGGGAAAUUGCCUUUUCUAAUCUAAGCAUCUACAGCGCAUUUUCUCAAGGCUGCUCUCUCCAUCCGAACACAAAUCAGAGCUUCUUUUAUUCCCGGACGUUUCCUAGAGGGCAGCUGCGAGGCACUCGGUGCUGUAUCAGGGCUGCACCCUGCAGGAAGCUCAGCUUCUAUUCCUUGAACCACGGGAACUGUAGGCGCUGUGCUGAGGGCUGAGCUGCACAGACUGUGUUUCCCACAAAGCCCCGCUUGCAGGAAGCCCUUCUCGGAGCUGGCAGCGCUAUGAGAGCUCAACAUGUUCCCUGCCAGGAAGCUCCCAGGAGGCUGCAGAGCCAUCAGACCGCACCAUCUCCUGCACAGCUCUGUCCCCAGGGCGUCCCCAAACCUGGCCUUUGUCCCGUCCUGCCUCCCCCCACAUCCCACGCAAGUAGAAGAGAUGCAGCGUUUUAUUUCCAACUCCAAGAAGCUGUUUGUAAUGACCGGAGCUGGAAUCUCCACUGAGUCGGGGAUCCCUGAUUACCGCUCGGAAGGUGUGGGGCUCUAUGCCAGGUCGGACCGGCGGCCCAUCCAGCACACAGAGUUUGUCCGUAGUGCCAGCGCCCGGCAGCGCUACUGGGCGAGGAACUUUGUGGGCUGGCCACAAUUCUCAUCCCACCAGCCAAACGUGGCCCACCUGGUGCUGAGGCACUGGGAGGAGCUGGGGAAGCUGCACUGGCUGGUGACCCAGAACGUGGAUGCGCUUCACACCAAAGCUGGGAGCCAGCGUGUGACAGAACUGCACGGCUGCACACACAGGGUUUUCUGCCUGACCUGUGGCGAUCAAACCUCACGCUCUGAGCUCCAGGAGCACUUUGAAGCUCUGAACCCCACCUGGACAGCUGAAGCCCUUGAUGUGAAUCCAGAUGGAGACGUCUUCCUGACGGAUGAGCAGGUGCGCAGUUUCCAAGUCCCAUCUUGCAGGAAGUGUGGUGGAAUCCUGAAGCCCGACGUGACGUUCUUUGGAGACACAGUGAGCCGGGAGAAGGUGGAUUUUGUGCAUCAACGCCUGGCGGAGUCAGACUCCAUGCUGGUGGCAGGAUCCUCCAUGCAGGUGUACUCUGGUUACAGGUUUGCACUGGCUGCCCGGGAGAAGCAGCUGCCAAUCGCAGUCCUCAACAUUGGGCCCACGAGGUUGGAUCACUUUGCAUCCCUCAAGCUGAACUCCCGCUGCGGAGAGCUGCUGCCUUUGAUAGUUGCACACUGAGCCAACGAGCCGAGCAUCAGUAGCAAUCAGGGGUAAAAUAAUCUCUACAAGGACUUAAUCUCUCCAAAGGGGAAUUACUACGGUCUGAAGGGCAGCCAUGAGAUCCUUACAUGUGGCCCCUGGUGACGCCAGGAGAGGGCAGCAAACCUCACACACAUCAGCCGGACAGUUUUCUGCACUGAAACCAAAAACGAUGAAAAGGAGUUAUUUUCUCCCUUCCCUCGCUGUGUAAACAGAGCCUUUUCUUUGCAUUCACUGGCAAAGGACUGGACUGGGACAGGAUAUUCAAAUAGUUGUCAAGAAUGGGGGAUGGGGAGUUUGACUGGGUUACUCCAGGCAGAAAAGCACAGGAGAGCGAUAUGGAACACAAAGUACAGCUGGAGGAUCCCACAUCAUUCGUGGGCAGAUGUGGAGUGUGCAAAGAGGGUAAAAGAGGUAAAAAGAACUGCAGGUGUCAGCGCCGCCAAGAUGGAUCAAAAGAGAAUCCUGCUCUCGUAAUAAAUGAUUUGAAAGCACAGGUUACAGAGCUGCCAUCAGCAAGGAGGGGCAGUCAGCACUGCUCUGAGUGCCAGCUGAGCAGCUGAACUGUCCCACCUUUCAAAAUGGUCAAUUGUUGUGAUGCCAGAGGAUUUAGGCUCAGCUAAUCUGACCAGAGCUGCUUUGUGUUACUGCUGCCUUCUCAGAAAUGUGUUUUUAAAAGGUGUUAUUUAAUUAAUGAAUAGCUUAGCAGUGAAUUAAAACUGUUUACAUGA